AUGGCUGUCGGUGACUUGGAUGCCGAAAAGGCCUGUGAACAUCAGAGUCCGCUAUCCGUCCACUCAGAUACAACCACGACUUCGAAUCUGAAACUGAAUCACGAGAUGAAUGCUACCCGAGGUCAGAGCGACAUUGAAACCAUUUACGCAAGCGUUACUGGUGAACCUUCGGGGAAGAUAGGUGAUGAGUUAGCUUGCACCGACAAUAUUCAGUCCCGCAGUCAGUCACGGACUCCAUCUACUCGCUCCCACCCGCUGUCUAUUGUCCAGCGCUCCAAGCGGCGUGGGAUCCUUGGACGCUUCGCGAUCAUACCCGAAGUCAAUAACCCGUAUGACUACCACAAAUCCACAAAAUGGGGUAUCACGGCCACCGUCUCUUUGGCAACAGCUGUAGCACCUAUGGGUUCAUCCAUCUUCUACCCCGCCCUUGGUGCUCUAGUUGACGAGCUUGACACUUCCGAGACCAUCAUCAAUAUGUCCGUCGCCUUGUACAUGCUCUCCAUGUCUAUCUUCCCUAUCUGGUGGUCAGCAUUUUCCGAGCAGUUUGGCCGCCGCAGUAUCUACCUCCUCUCCUUCGCCCUAUUCAUCGUAUUCUCCAUCCUCUGUGCUGUCAGCACCAAUGCGCCCAUGCUUAUCAUUUUCCGUCUCUUGGCCGGAGGCGCUUCAGCCAGUGUGCAGGUCAUUGGUGCAGGUACCAUCGCUGACAUUUGGGAAUCCCAUGACCGAGGCCGCGCUAUGUCUCUCUUCUACUUAGGACCUAUGCUUGGGCCCCUCUUUGGUCCGCUCCUUGGUGGUGUUUUGACGCAGUACUUGGGCUGGCGAUCAACCAUGUGGUUCCUGACCAUCUACGGCUUUGCCAUUAUUGUGGCGAUCUUCUUCCUGCUUCCGGAGACGUUAGCUCGCAAGAACGAGCCUGCCAUGACCCACCAGCUCACACGCAUGUCCACUCGGGAGUCUAUCAGGGUCAAGAGGAAGAAGUUCACGACGUCACUCAAUCACUACCUAAUCGAACCUCUGAGCGUUCUCCUACUCCUACGCUUCCCACCCGUGUUUCUCACAGUAUUGAUCGCCGCCAUCACCUUUAGCUCCGUAUACGUCCUUAACAUUGUCAUCCAAUACGGCUUUGCUCGCCCUCCGUACAACUUCAACGAAACGACCGUAGGAGUGACAUAUAUGGCUACCGGGCUGGGAUACGUCGCCUCGUCAAUGGUCGGUGGUCGCUGGAUGGAUUCGAUUAUGGCAAGGGAGGCUCGCAAGGCCGAGAGAUAUGAUACGCAAGGGAAGCUUAUUUACCUACCGGAAGAUCGGAUGAAGGAGAAUGCUUGGGUAGCGAAUGCCAUAUAUCCGCUUUCAUUGUUGUGGUUUGGAUGGUCAAUGUAUUAUAGAGUGCAGUAUAUGGUGCCUAUCAGUGCGCUUUUCAUCUUCGGGUUCUCUUCGAUGCUUCAGUUUACCCUCAGCACAACCAUGCUCACGGAAUUUGUCCACAAACGUAGUUCUGCCGGCGUCGCUGUCAAUAACUUUGUCCGAAAUAUCUUGAGUUGCGGCGGGACUAUAGUUGCCGCGCCUUGGAUCGAGGGKGUGGGUGUGGGCUAUAUGAUGACGACACUGUGUGUUAUUUGCUUGCUGUUGGGGUUCUUGGGUAUCUGGCUUAUUAGCAGCAACGCGCAGAAGUGGAGGGCGGCGAUGGAUGAGGCAUUGAAGAAGAUGGAUUGA